AUGGGUGAAGCAGCACCACAACAAUGGUUAGACCCGCGCUGCAUUGACGAUUUCCGACCCCUUCGUGUGAUUGUGGUCGGGGCUGGCAUCUCCGGUAUAUUGGCAUCGAUCAGACUGCCUCAGAGAAUAGCGAACCUCUCGCUGCAGGUGUACGAAAAGAACGCUGAUGUUGGUGGCACUUGGUUCGAGAACCGGUACCCGGGAUGUGCUUGUGACAUUCCUGCGCACACUUACCAGGCAACAUUUGAACCAAACCACGAAUGGUCUCAAUUUUAUGCCACGUCUCAGGAAAUCCAUCGAUAUUGGAAGAAAGUCGUCGCCAAGUAUGACUGUAUGCGAUAUAUCAAGCUCAACCAUCAGAUUGUAAAGGCUGAGUGGGACGAACGGCAAGGAAAGUGGCAAGUACAGGUCAAGAACACUCAAGACGGUAGCAUCAUCGAUGACUCUUGCGAUGUGCUGUUGUCGGCGACCGGUGCUUUGAACGACUGGAAGUGGCCUCAGAUCCCAGGCCUCCAGGACUUCAAGGGGGAUCUGCUACACAGUGCCAGCUGGGAUGAAUCUUUUGAUUGGACGAACAAAAGGCUGGCAGUCAUUGGUAAUGGCUCCAGUGGCAUUCAGAUCGUGCCCGCGGUGCUGGCUAAAUCCGCUCACAUUGAUCACUACAUUCGAGGCCGGACGUGGUUAUCGCCGACGUUUGCAAGAGAAAAGGUCGACUUGAUGGGCAAAGGACUAGACAAUUUCUCAUUCUCCGAAGAAGACAUCAAACGUUUCCAGACCGAUCCCGACUUUUACGAAAAGUUCCGGAAGGACAUCGAACUCGAACUCCAGACCGUGCAUGCCGUGACGAUCAAAGGUACCCCCGAGCAGCUUGGUGCUGUCGAGGUAUUUACCGAGAACAUGAAGCGGCGUCUGGAAGGCAAGCCAACCCUGGUGGACACCCUGAUGCCCUCGUUCCCACCGGUUUGUCGACGCUUGACUCCGGGCCCUGGCUACCUUGAGGCUUUGACUGACCCCAAGGUCGACGUGAUCACGACGGGGAUUGAGAAGGUCGACGCGACUGGUAUCAUCACCACUGAUGGCCAGCAUCAUCCUGUGGACGCCAUCAUCUGCGCAACUGGUUUUGACACGACAUUCAGCCCUCGCUUCCCCAUCAUCGGUCAGGGAGGUAUCACUAUGGCCGAGAAGUGGAAGGACGUUCCCUCGACGUACCUCUCUUUGGCCACGGACGGAUUCCCCAACUACUUUAUCUCAUUGGGACCGAACUCGGCAUUGGGUACGGGCAACCUUUUACUCCUGAUCGAGAAAGUCAUCGACUAUGUGACGUUUUGUUUGGCCAAGCUGCAAAGGGACAACAUUCGAAGCAUGGCGCCCCGACCAGAUGCUGUCGAGACGUUCGUCAAGUACUGUGACGCAUAUUUCUCGACCACAGUCUUCUCCCUGGACUGCCGGAGUUGGUACAAGGGCGGCACCUCAGACGGCAGAGUCAGUGCGCUCUGGCCCGGGUCUUCACUGCACUCCAUGAGGGCGCUGGCACAUCCCCGGUGGGAGGACUUUGUGUACGAGUACGAAAGCGACAACCCGGCGACUUGGAUGGGAAAUGGUUGGACGGUCAACGAGAGGGAUAAGAAGGUCAACGUGAAUUACUUGAACCGUGAUGCGAUUGACUUUCCGCCAGUUCCGUCGUGA